GCACAAAUCGGCAACAUUACAAGAAGCCAAGCCUGGACAGAUCGCUCCAAUUUUUCUCUCUGCUCUUCAACCUACAAGUUUUGCGCUAAUUUGGCACUAAUUUUAUUCCUUCAAGGGAGGACUAUAAUUUGAAGAGUUCUUAUCAGUCGAGGCAGCUGAAGCAAUGGGUAAAAAAAGCAAGAACGAUUCUGAUGAGGAGAUGCCCGAUGUUGACGAUGUUCAACCAAGCUCGGCUACCGGAACUGAAGAAGAAGAAGGUGGGGAGGAAGAAUUUGUUGUAGAAAAGGUCAUAGACCGCCGUGUCGUCAAAGGAAAGGUGGAAUAUUUUCUCUCCUGGAAGGGCUAUGGACCGGAGGACAACACUUGGGAGCCAGAGGAGAAUCUUGAUUGUCCUGAACUGAUUGAGGAGUUUGAACGAAAACGAAAGGAAAAAGAAAAAUUGCAAAAGGAGGCAAAGACGUCGAAACGAACCAGCGCCAAGGCUGUGGAACCCGCUAAGGAAAAAGAGAGCAAGCGGGACAUCAGCCCACCUCCCCAAAGGAAAGAGGCCAAGAAAGUCAAAAAGGAUGAAACUACAACCACUGGAUUUGAUCGAGGAAUGGAACCCCAGAAAAUUAUUGGUGCAACAGAUUCGUCUGGGGAACUCAUGUUCUUGAUGAAAUGGAAAGGAACAGACGAGGCGGAUUUGGUCCCAGCUCGUCAAGCUAAUGUUAAAUGUCCACAAGUGGUUAUAAAAUUUUACGAAGAGCGACUUACCUGGCACUCUGCAAGUGCUGAAGAUGGUGAGAACGAUUAAUUUUUUCAAGUUGGUUCAUUAUUCCUGAGUGUCCGUAUCUACUCUUUAGUUAAAGUGUUUCUGUAAUUAUUAUUACAAUAUAUAACAGUUAUUUUACACGAGUCAAUAUUGGCCGUUAUAUAAUAGUACUUAUCUCUAUCUUAUCAAAAAAUAUUAGGGUUUAAGUGCAUAAGUAUUAAUUACUUAUGAUACUUUAAUGUAAAUUUUAUUUCUUUCACUUCAUUUGUCAGACAUAACAAAUUGUACUUUUAAUACAACUUCACUCGUAAUAAAUGUCUCAUAUUAUUUCAGCUAUCUUUGCUUUUGAUGUCAAAUUACGUAAAUAUGCUGCUAAUAAUAAUAAUGCUACUAACUUAAACAAUUUGUGAUCUGUCGAAUUCGUUUCAUUGUCUUGAUUAUCGUCCUCCGUAUUGUUAAGUACUAUUAUGAUAUUCUUAAUUUAGUUCUUUAUCUCAGUGUUUUUGUGUCAUUUUUUGACUUUAAAAUUGGAAAUAAAGGCGAUAGUGUCAUAUUA